AUGAAAAGAUGGCAAUGGUGCCUCGUGCUGCCGCUGUUUCUUUUGCCAUGCUCGAGAGCCCUCAUCACCAGCUCGGCCAUCAAUUCUGGCUCAGGGAAGCGAAGCGAGGCGCUGAGCGGCGUGGUCUCUAGCCUGAUGGAGAGAGUGCGGGGUCGCAAGCCCCGGAUCAAUCGCAGACCAAGAGUGCAUGAUCUCGAAGACGGCUUGACACCAACACCUCCGAAGGGAGACAUGGGCCACCAUAUUCGCGAGUUCUUCCGAUCAGCGAGAUCGGCAUCGUGGGCCACGUUUUCGACCUUCUGGGUCUUUCUCACCGUCGCUAGCUACUUGCUGUACUCCCGGCAAGAUCUGAAAUACUGGUGGCAGCACAUAUUUUCAAUGUGCUUCUGGAUCUUCAUGGCAGUGGUGUAUCUCGGCAUUGUCGACGCGCAGGCGCCAGCAGAUCCAGAUGCGGUAGAUGACUGGCUGGAUGGCUACAUCGUCGAGCUCAUCCUGUCCAUGGAAAAUAUUUUCCUCUAUGAGAUUAUUCUGGUCUCAUUUCGUGUGCCCCCUAAGCUGUCGAGGAAGAUUCUGUUUGUUACCUCCUUCUGUCAGAUGUUCUGGCAGAUGUGGCUCUUCAUGUUCGUGGCAACCUAUUUGCAGGACAUCAAGAGCCUUCCAUAUCUUUUAGGUGCCUGGCUGAUCUAUAUCGGUGUCGCAAGCCUUCGGGAGGAUGAUCACGGCAGCUUCGAUCCGGAGCACUCCGAUCUGUUCAGAAUGCUCCGUACCGGCUUGGGCAGCAGGCUUCUGCCGCAUUAUCCUCAUGACGGCAGCAUGUUGCAGCGCGACGAGAGUGGCAAGCUGUGUGUGACCAUGCUCCUGCCGGUCACUGCCUGCAUCGUCAUCAUCAUGUUGGUCAUGGAGGUAGACGUCACGCUUGCUAAGAUUGAAACAAUAGACUCGCAUUUCAUUGCUUGGACAUCUUCCGUCCUUGUGGCAUUUGCAUUGCCGGACCUGUAUGUUAUCGUUAGUGAGCUCUUCAGGCAGUUCUACCUGAUGCGAACAGGCAUUAGCGUCUUGCUCCUCUUCUUUGGGGGCUUGCUUCUGGUGCGGGAGGAGGUACAGGUUUCGGACACCGCUGAAGUAGCGGUGAUGCUGACGAUAGUCUUUGGCUCCAUCAUUCUGUCCACCAUGAUGCACAUGGGCCCCAAACACGGUGCCGCAUACGACGAGUCCGAGGAGGAGGACUCGGAGCCGUCUUCCAAAGUCGAGAGAGAAGUCCACACCAACGCGGAAGCUACGCUUUACUCGCAGCUUGAUGGAAGGCAAGUUGUGAAGAGCACACAACAGCGGGACUACGCGCAGCGUAUGUCUUCAUCUGCGUCUUGGACUCUCUGUCUGUCUCUCUGUUGGUCUCCAUCUUUGCAUGUCUGCCUGUCCGUCCGUCUCUCGGCUUGUCUGCCUGUCUGGCUGUUUGUUCUCCGAUAA